GUCCAUCUCUUCUUCACUACCUCCACGCGGCCCACUCCCCACCCCCGCAGCGACGCUCCGCGUCUUCUAAACUCGUGGUCGCGGGAGGGAUACGGGGGAAGAGGGGGAGGUGGAGACGGUCUCAACGUUACCACAAUAUCUGCGGAAUAGGACAGAGGAAGGAUGGAUUUUAAAUAAGAAAAACCCACAUGCUAAAUGGAUCCUAAUUAAAUGCGGUUUGUCAAUGGUUUUUUAGUUUUCUCUUACGGAUGGCCUGUCAGCACAACGCUAACUAGCAUUGUGUAGCUAGCAGGUUUGACUGGAGGAAGAGGAGUGAGAAGCGCGAUGGGAGAUGGAGCAGCCCUCCAUACAGAGGGGAACUCCCUUCUCAAAGCUGUCUUUCAGGGAAAGUUGAGACUGACUCGGCUCCUCCUGGAAGGGGGUGCCUACAUAAAUGAAGGCAAUGAGCGGGGCGAGACUCCGAUUUCUGCGGCUUGUUUAGCUGUCUACGAGGACCCUCAGACUCGCCGGAGGAUGGUUCGCUACCUCCUGGAGAAAGGAGCUGAUCCCAACAUCCCAGAUAAGUCUGGGAGGACUGCCCUGAUGCAUGCCUGUGCUGAGAAGGCCGGCAAAGAAGUGGUGUCUCUGCUUCUGGAGAAUGGAGCUGAUCCCAGCCUCAAGGACUACUCUGGCUCCUCUGCACUGGUCCAUGCCAUCAACAAAGGUGACCGAGAGACCCUCCAGGUCCUGCUGGAUGCCUGCAAGGCCAAGGGCAAAGAGGUGAUAAUCAUUACCACUGACACGUCCCCUUCGGGCACCAAGAAGACCAAGCAGUACCUCAACUCCCCGCCAUCACCAGGGGUGGUGGACAAGCUCUCGCCCGUGGCCUGCAUGUCUCCCUCAGAAGUGGAGAUCUGCACCACCAAUUCCCCUACAGCAGAGAAGGCAGAGGAGGAGGUAGGUAUAUUCCGCUUUGCGUCUGCCUUACCUUUACCCUCUGCUAGACAUCCAGGGGAGAAAAGGCUGCCUGCCCGCAAGCUCCUGAAGAGACUUAAUUCAGAGCCUUGGGGACUAGUGGCACCCUCAGUGCUCAGUGGAGUCCCACAGGAAGAGGUUGCUGGGGGACUUCAAGGGGAAGGAGGGGGUAGGAUCGUCACAGAGAUGAAUGGCCUGUCAAUCUCCGGUUUAGGCAGGCCCCUCCUGUCUCGUCGACACAGCAUUGAAACACACGACCCCAGCUCGCCCAAACCCAUUGACCGAUCCUGCUCCGAGGACUGUGCCGCGUUCUUUAGCUCCUCUUGGGCUGACAAGGUCCAACAGCACCAGAUCCUGUACCGUAGGAACACUGCACCGGAGACACAAGAAAAUACAGGUGGACCAGGGGCAGUGGCUGCACGCACCCUGACUCACCCCAAACUCACCCGGAUGGAGCACUACGAGUCAGAUACACACCUGUGUCCUGAGUCCAUUCCCGGAUCUCCAGACUCAGGGCGCAUGUCAGUAGAGCGUAGGAAGUACAAUGCCUCCCCCCUCUCCCUGCUCACCAGCUCUUCCCGGGAGUCCCUUGAGAGCAUCCCAAACUCUGUGUCCCCUAUAACCAUGCGCAGACGCCCCCCUGGUCUUCUUGAGCGCAGGGGCUCAGGCACUCUUCUGCUGGACCACAUCUCCCACACCCGCCCCGGGUUCUUGCCCCCACUAAAUGUAAACCCCCAUCGGCCUAUCCCAGACAUCAGAGCCAAUGGCAAACCCCCCUCCCCGGUCCAUUCUGGUCCCAAGAUCCUGGUUCCAGUGGCCCCAGCCUCCCCCAAGAGAGGCACAGAUUUCAAGAUGAAGAAGAAACUGAUGAGAAGGCACUCCAUGCAGACGGAACAGAUGAAGCAGCUCUCCACCUUUCAGGAGAUUCUGUCUGAGAAGGUAAUUGAGUCUAACGGCGACUGAGAUUUAGAAGGUCACUUGAAGGAAAGGCGGUGUACUGUGGUGACUUGAGGUAAACAUGUGAAUGUGAAUUUGGCUCAUUCAAAGGAGGCCGUAGUCACAUUUUUGUUCUGUUUCAAGUGUUGAUGCUUAUUUUCUUUUUUUAGGUGACCUAUUUAAAUUUGAUGUGUUCUUUUCUGUGCUGUCACAGAAAGCUGGUUGAUAGAGUAAAAAUGUUUACAGCAGAUGUUAUUUUCUUUUCUCCAAAAAUAUAAAUAUGCUGUCUGCAUUUAAUAGAAAUAGAAACAGGUUUUUAGAUGUUUACACACUGCAAAACUUGCACCAUUGUCAGUGUGCUGAAGGCGUUUUUGUCCCCUCUGAAAUCAAUGUAUCUAUGAAACUUGAAAGUUGAAAGAACAAAUGAAUAGUUAAGGUGCUAAUAGCAACAGACUAUCUUGAGUCAUUCUGAAUGCGCUGUAUUACCGAUUUUAUGUGUUGCAUUAGCUGCUUUAAAACUUUAAAACUAGAACCCUAAAAUACUGGUAAGGGGUAUGUUUGGGGAGGGUGUUGCUGCAUUCCAUGAAAUGGUUUUUAAGACGUUUCCCAAAAGUUUCACUUUAAUUGUAUAUUAUGUUGUUCUUUGGGUCGUUCCGCACAAAAAGUGCCUUUUGCAUCCAUUUCAUAUUUUAAGUUGAAAUUCUGCACAAUAUUGUGUUUAAAAAAAUCUGUCAUAUAUAAUGAAGAGCGAUAUAAACCACAUUGAGAAUUCAAAAAGUCUGACUGUCAUCACUUUGCCACUAAGAUUUCAGCCCACUUAAUGCCAAAAGGUUCACUAUCAUAGAAAAUCUCUAAUUAUGUUAUUGCUUUGGGAAAGUUAUUUCAUGUAACCCUGAAAAUCUCAUUUUGAUGUGGUAAAAUAAUCCUUUUGAAAUAAUGUCUUUAUUGAAAAAAAGUGUUAAUAUCUUAUUAUCAAAACAAAGAGUAAAAGCAGGCGAACUGGUUCUACAUUCAUGUUUUUGUUUUGUGUUGGAUAACUUUUAGUUGGUCUAGCAUAACACAUCAACCAAAAUAAUUUUUAGCACACAUUAAAUAAUCUCCUGUAUUUCAAAUAUAUCAUAUAUUUCAAAUACAUUAGGCAUAAAGUGGGGCAA